AGCGGGCUUCCCAUUGGCGGCGGCGAGGGCUCGCUCUUCUAGGCUACGGCGGCUGGGGAGGGUUGCGGGCAGUCACCUUCCCGGGCGGGCCGUGGCUAUGGCGGCGGGGCCCCCUCCGCCGCUGGAGCCGAGGCCGCUGCCCGUGUUCCGCGAAGAGGGCUUCGGGGACAAGUUCCUGCGCAAGACCCGCGAGAACCCCCUGGUGCCCCUCGGUUGCCUCUGCACUGUCGGCGUCCUGACCUAUGGACUGAUCAACUUCAAGAGAGGCAACAUCCGCCGGUCUCAGCAGAUGAUGAGGGCACGUAUCCUGGCCCAGGGCUUCACCUUUGCAGCCCUCUUGGGAGGUAUGGUGGUCACAGCGAUGAAAUCUAGGAAGUGAAAUCAGGCAGGAGAUGAACUGCAGCUGUGGGUGUGCACCUACCAGCCCAGGUAGCAGGAUGGAUUCUGGCUGUGGAGAGGGUUCUCGUAUGAAUUCCCUGAGAGACAACUGUGGUGGCUGAGCUACUGUCAAAGAUGCUCUGUGUUCCCAUGUAUUGGAAAUACAGCUAAUACACCUCUGUUAUUAACCUGAAA